AUGGCGGCGCAGGGGCCCCGUGGCCGCCUCGCCUCGUCGCUGCCGCGGCUGCUGCUCGGCCUGGCCGCGCUCGCCGUGCCGCCGCCGCCCGCCGCCGCCCCCGAGCCGCCGCCCGCCGCCCUCCGCGCCGGCCACGCCGCCUCCUCGCUGCCCGCCGCCGCCACCGCCCCGCGCACCAGAUACCUUUUGUACGAUGUAAAUCCCCCCGAAGGGUUCAACCUUCGCAGAGACGUCUACGUUCGCAUUGCUUCCCUUGUAAAGACCCUGCGGAAAAGUGAAAACUGGGUGUUAGUCCUGCCUCCUUGGGGGAGGCUUUAUCACUGGCAGAGCCCCGAUAUCCUUCAGGUCCGGAUCCCUUGGUCUGAGUUCUUUGAUAUCCCAAGCCUCAACAGGAACAUCCCUGUCAUUGAAUAUGAGCAGUUCCUUGCAGAGUCAGGUGGGCCCUUUAUUGAACAGAUUUAUGUGCUACAAGGCUACGCAGAAGGAUGGAAAGAAGGAACAUGGGAAGAAAAAAUCAAUGAAAGGCCAUGCAUUGAUCAGCUGAUGUAUUCCAAGGACAAACAUGAGUACUACAGGGGCUGGUUCUGGGGUUACGAGGAAACACGAGGCCUAACCGUCUCUUGUUUGUCUGUCCAAGGAUCUGCUUCCAUUGUGGCGCCCAUCCUUCUGAAGAACACUUCAGCGCAGUCAGUGAUGUUAGACAGAGCUGAAAACCUUCUUCAUGACCACUACGGAGGGAAAGAUUACUGGAAUACCCGUCGGAGCAUGGUGUUUGCUAAACACCUCCGUGUGGUGGGAGACGAGUUUAGAAGGAAGUAUCUUCAAUCCACGGAUGAGGCAGACAGGACUCAUUACAAGGAGGACUGGACACAGAUGAAGGUUAAGACGGGCACAGCUCUAGGUGGUCCAUACCUUGGGGUUCACCUCAGAAGGAAGGACUUCAUUUGGGGUCACAGAGAAGAUGUGCCUUCCCUGCGAGGAGCAGUGAAGAAAAUCCACAGCCUCUUGGAGAUGCUUAAACUUGAAAAAGUUUUUGUAGCCACUGAUGCUGUCGAGGAGGAGAUUGAAUUGCUCAAGAAACUGCUGCCUGAGAUGGUGAGGUUUGAACCCUCUUGGGAGGAGCUGGAACUCUAUAAGGAUGGGGGCUUGGCCGUGAUUGACCAGUGGAUUUGUGCACAUGCAAGGUAUUUUAUAGGCACCUCAGUUUCAACAUUUUCCUUCCGAAUCCAUGAGGAAAGAGAGAUCUUGGGAUUUGACCCAAAAACAACUUACAACCGAUUUUGUGGUGAAACAGAGAAAAACUGUGAGCAGCCAACUCACUGGAAAAUUGUCUAUUAAAUACAGAGAAAUACAA